CAGAAAGACAGGAGGAGUGCAUCCAUCUCUCUGACAGGCAUAUAUUCUUUUUUUCUUGGAGUCACUUGACCUACAGGAGUGUCACAAGAAGAAAGGGUGGCAAACCCAGACUAGGACCAUCAUGGGAAAUGAACAGUCAACUCCUGAAGACAUAACUGAGAAUGGGACAAUUCCAGAAAAAUAUGAAAAUGGAUCAGUGAAUGGCAUCUCUGCAAGCAUCACACUCAAUGGAUUGGAGGCUGAUGUUAAGAGUGACAUCACAGUUCAUCAGAAUGGCAAGCUGCAGUCUCCAAAACUUGAGACGAAAGCUGAACCCGAUAAUGUGACAGUUGAACCAGAGCCAGAACCAGCUCCAGCUGAAAGUGUGUCUGAAACCACUGACUCCACACCAACCGACACGGAACCAGUCAAGAAACGUAAAGAAAAAAGUCAUGGUUUUGGCAAACUCUUCAAAAAGAAAGACCGUAAAGCGGAAGAGAAAACUGAGGUUCAGGAAAAGGAAAAGAUCUCUAGUGAAGAGCAAGUGGAUGCAAGUCAGCUUCACAUUGAGCCUCAGCAGGAGACGGCAAACGUAAAGCAAGAGUCAGAACCUGUGACUGAGCCAGAGGUCGGAGCGAUUACAGAGUCGAGUCCAGAGGAACAGACAGUUCCUGAAAGCGAGAACGGAAACGAUCAGCCUGAGGAAAGCCGAGAGGAGAGCGAGCUUGAGGAGAAUCCAGUUAUGAGCUUCUUUAAAACACUAGUUUUUCCCACAAAAACACCUAAAAAGGAAACAGCUGCUCCCGAUGCCGCAAAAGAUCAGUCCCAGAAGGAGACCGCACCUGCAGAACCCACCACUGUUGCACAGACAUCAGAACAGUCUGCAGCACCCAAAGGAAUGCCUGCUCCACCCCCGCCACCCCCAGAGCCUCCGAGACUGGAGACCAAAGGAGAACCAGCUGCCAAAGCUGCAAAGCCAACACAAAAAGAAGAACCAAAAGCUUCUGCAAAAGAACCCGAGUCCGCAAAAGGAAAAUCGACAAAAGAUGCUCUGAGUAAAUUCUUCCGACCAAAGACUAUCAAGGAAGAAGCACAAGCUAUUGAAGUAGAGGUACAGCCAGUUGUAGAAGUACAGGAGACAGCAGUGGAGGCACCAGAGCCUGUUGUAGAAAUGCAGCAAGCUGCUGUGGAAGUGGACAAGCAAGUUGGAGAAGAGGAGAAGGUGGAUCCUUCCAAAGCUGGCACUCUGGAGGCAGCAGCGAAGCCGGAACCGCCUCCUCCUGUUCAGGAGGAAAAGAAGCUAACCUCCAAAUCAUCUUUCAUGUCUCUCUUCAAGCCCAAAGUACUGUUAGAUACCAUGACCACAAAAGUCCAAGCAGCCUCCACAAGUGGAGUUCGGUUCCUCAAGAAAUCAACUGGCCUGGCUGCUGACCCCAAAAUGACGACUCCAACCCCGCCCGCUCCCGCAGAGUCGCCUCAACCUGCAAAAGCUAAGGAGGAACCUAAAGCUGUGGCCAAGUCAGAGGCAGUUGUAGAUAGCAAGCCGGCGGCGGCCUCCUCUCCGGCUGGAGACGAUGCAGCGAGUCAGCCCAAAAGACUGGAGAAGAGGAACUCCAUCCAGCUGUUCUUCAAAAAUCUGGGUCAGAAACGCCACUCUACAGAUGCUGGGGUCCAGACAGAACCAGCGACUGCUGCUACAGCAUCUGAGAAAACCAAAUGAACCCUUUAAGUUUCCCUGUACAGAACCCCCCCCCCAUCCCUCCGCCUACCCCUCCCCCUCUUUCUAGCUCUUACUUUGUCUUUGUGUCUGUCAUAUUUCGUCAUCAUAUUAACUACUUUUUUAGAUGUUGCAAUAUGAAAAGGAGUGCUUUUAAAAGGAUUCAGGAAAGAAUCGCAUGUGGGUAGAUGAAAAAAAGAAGAAACUGUGCCUAUAAAAUAUUCUACCCAACCCGCUAAAAUGGCAUGUUUAUAGUGAUGUAAAAAAAAAAAAAAAAAAAAAAAUCAAACCAGUACAAAACACUUAAGAUCUUUUCCCACCUUUAACACACCUCUGAUUAACACAAAUGUAAUUCAGCUGUUCUGUUCCUGACAUUUCUUUAGUCACAGCUUCCAGUAACAGUCACGCUCUGCUGGGAGGUUCGAAUUCAUCAGAACAAUCUGAUUCUUAAGAUAAUUUCUGAGGUACUAGAUGUUCCAUGGAAUGAAGUUAUUGUGGUAUAUUUGAAGACAGUCAAUCCAUCAUCAUCAAUUUGAGAAAAUGUUGUGUAACACAGAUAGUACUACAAAUUGGAUAUUACUCCAAGAUUAAUAAAAAGACAAAACUGACCAGGUUUAUAGCAACAUUAAAUGAGCUGCAGGAAUUUCUGUCAUGUAUCUAUACCUCACACAAUGUGUCUCAUAUGUGGCAAGAUGGAAGGCUUUUAUUAUUAAGAAAAACAUCCAAAUCUGGCUAAAAGUUCCAAAAAACAUUUCAAAAAACACGCCUUCAUUUCACACUGAAAGUGUGUAGGAAACUAUCACCAAACAGAACACCAUCCACAGUGAAGCAUGGUGGUGACAGCAUCAUACUUUGGUAUUGUUUUUCUUCAACUUGAACUAGGGAGUUAUGACAAAUUAGUUAACGAUGGAUCAAAACCUUCAGGGUUCUGGUGACAAAAAAAGGAGGUGCUUUUCCGAAUUAAUCAUUUAUGCAAUAUUUUAGAUUCCUUAUUUGUAUUUAUCCCUCUAAAAAUAUGCCUGUUUAUAUUUCAUCUGAGUUGUGGUUUCACUAAAGAUGGAAACAUAUCUGACAUUAAUUAUUUGAGUUUUUUUUUUUACAUCGCCCAAACCUGGCAUUUUGAUAUGGUUUGGAGGCUUUUUACAUUCACCUUACUGCAAAGUGAAAUUGAGAUAUUAUGGCAACUUCACUGAAAUUUAUAUUUUUGAUCAUAAAAAUACAUUGAGUAGUGUAGCAGUGUGAGUGUGAAAUCUUUUCUACAAACUUUUAGGACAAGUCUGACUUUUCCCUGUUUAUGUUCUAACAUACUGGGCUUUUGCAAUAUAUAGUCAUGUGUUUUGCUUUUAGUAUCUAAUUCCUGUGCUAAAAUCAAAGUGGCGAUGCCGUGUGGGUUAUGUUGUCCUCCAGGCACUUCUGGUACUGGAGUAGUUCCAACAAAAUUGAAAUGAAAGAUAUUUAGAAAUAUGGAGAAAAAAAAAUCAACACCUUAAUUAAACAGCAUGUACAAGCGCAAAUAAAUAUAUCCUAGCACUGAAAUACUGGGUCAUACAAGAAAUGAUGCCAAGGGAAAAUCUUCGUGUUUCCCUUGGCAUCUGAUUGUAAAUACCAACGUUAACAAAUACACUGGGGAUGGCAAAGUCUCAUCCACAUCUGUCCUUUUGCAUCCUGUCAUUUAGUCUAAGCCUUAUUAUGGUGUUCGUCAUUUGUGUUUGUCACAUGUACAAUUAAGUCGCUUUUGAUUGCUUACAUGUAUGUGUAACUUCUGUCAUCUCAGAGACAAUAAACAUAUUCACUCUUCA